AUGUUGCCCAUUUUCUUCUCCGCGUUAAUCCUAUCUGCUUGCUGUUUAACCAAAGGAAACUGCAUCUCCUAUGAUGAGCUGAAAGAGCUGAAGACUGAAUUUGCCAUCACCCUCUACCAGCGUUUAUCUGAAGCAGAGAACAGAACCAAUCUGGUAGUCUCUCCAGCAAGUGUGGCUAUUUCUUUGGAGCUGCUGCAGUUCGGAGCUCAAGGAAAUACCUUUACGGAGUUGCAGAAUGCCUUAGGAUACAACAUUCAUGAUCAAAGCGUGCAGGAGUUCUUGCACUCGGUGUACAGAGGAGUGACUGAUUCCAGCCAAGGCACAGCGGUUCAGCUGGCAUGCUCCUUCCUCAUGGAGGCUGGUGUGCAGCUCUCACCCACCUUCACUGCAAAUGCUGCACGCUGGGCCAACAGCAGCCUGCAGCAAACCAACUUCACCGACCCCAACAGAACUGCAGCUCAGAUGCAGGAAUGGCUCACUGAUAACCUUGGAGAUGGGGAUGUGCAUGGCAUGCUGUUGGAGAGCGCUGGGUCACCGCUUCGCCAGGUUGCCUUGGUGAGCACCAUGUACUUCAAAAGCACGUGGCAAAAGAAGUUUUCCUUUGUGGACACCCAGAUGCUGCCUUUCACCACAGCAGAGGGCUCAACCCUGAAAGUGCCCACAAUGCAUCACACAGUUGAAGUUAACUAUGGCCAGUUUCAGACUACAGCUCUCGAGAAUUUCAGUGUGGUCGAGUUACCCUACCUGGGAGAGAAACUCAGCAUGUUCCUAGUGCUUCCCAGCCACAAAAGAACAUCUUUAUCCCAGAUUGAGUCUCACCUUUCUGCCAAAACCAUAACCCUCUGGGCCAACAACUUAAAGAGAAUGAAGAUGGACAUUUUUCUUCCCAGGUUCAGUGUUCACAGCCUUUUUGACCUGAAGACAGUUUUUGCUGCCUUGGGAAUUAGAGAUGCAUUUGAUCCCAUCACUGCUAAUUUUAGAGGCAUUUCAGAGCAAGAUAGUCUUUAUAUUUCAGAAGCUAUUCACAAAGCAGAGAUUGAAAUAACAGAAGAUGGUACAAAGGCUUCAGGAGCUACCGCAAUGGUAUUGCUGAAAAGAUCUCGAACACCUAUUUUCAAAGCAGACAGACCCUUCACAUUCUUCCUGAGACAAGCUAAUACAGGUUCAGUGCUCUUUAUAGGAAGAGUUACAAAUCCUUCAUAA